AUGAUUGUACGACACUUAUGUGCGCGGCAAAGCCGCCAGCUUCUCGCUCUCAACCGCCAGGCCUUCAUUCCCAGAAGAUUUUCGUCGACAAAGAUAGAGACACCAACGCCGGCUCAGACAAUAGUUUACCGUCCCAUAUCAGAACCGGGCUCUGGGCGCGUCGGGGAAGCACGAAAGAAGGAAGUCUCGCAGGAAGUUCAGCGACGUUCAAAAUUCCAGCGCCUCGGAAGUUCAAUCUCGAAGAUCUACAAACCAGAGGACCUUAUCCGCAACCCUCCCUCUCCCUCCGACAUAACCCUCGAACUCCUCCUCGCCAAUCAAACCCACCUCGGCCACACCACCUCCCGUUGGAACCCUCGGAACGCGCGCUACAUCUACGGUAUCCGUGAUGGCAUCCAUAUUAUCUCUCUCGAUGUCACAGCCGCCUAUCUUCGGCGUGCCGCCAAGGUCGUUGAGGAAGUUGCCGCCCGUGGCGGUCUGAUUCUCUUUGCUGGCACACGGCCAGACCAGAAACGCAUCGUCGUUCGUGCGGCAGAACUGUCGCACGGCUACCACAUUUUCGAGCGCUGGAUCCCGGGAUCUCUGACGAACGGCGAGCAGAUCCUCGGCAAAUGCCAACAGAAGGUUGUGAACGCGAUCGAUGAGGAGCAAUUGGACCUCAAGGAGUCACUUGCUGACCGAGCCAUCCUCAAGCCGGAUCUAGUCGUUUGUCUCAACCCGCUCGAGAAUGAACCAUUGCUUCAUGAAUGUGGGCUGAACAAUGUCCCUACAAUUGGAGUCCUUGAUACGGAUGCGGACCCCACAAAACUCACGUACCCAAUUCCCGCGAACGAUGACAGUCUGCGUUCCAUUGCUCUCAUUGCGGGUGUUCUGGGACGGGCUGGGGAGGCUGGUCACCAGAGGAGGUUGCAGCAGGCUAAGAAGCCUAUGGAGAAAAAAGCUGUACAACGCGAUGCACCACAGCAGGCUGAAGGACAGGAUUUCUUCGAGAACUGA